AUGAAACUACUUCAGAACCUUGGGCGAUAUCCUCGCCUUCUUCUGGCCGGCGAUCCAUCCAAAGCUGAAAUUGGUACUCUGCUGUUGGGAAUAACAUGCGCCAUAGCAUCGGGGGUACCGUUUCCAUUAAUUGGAAUUAUAUUCGGUCAGCUUCUCGACGAUUUCAAUUCCGCAACAUGCAACUCACCUGAAACUUCGGAGAGCGCGUCUCAAUAUCAAAACAGUGUGAAUGACAAGAUAUUGUUGAUAUUAUACUUGGCAAUCGCUCAAUUUAUCACCAUCUACAUCCACCUUACAUGUUGGAGUCUGAAUGGUGCUCGACUGGCUCAACGACUCCGGGAGCAAUAUAUUCGAAACCUGCUCAGACAGGAGCCAUCUUACUUCGACAGUCUUCCUCCAGGAGAGGUAUCAUCUCGUCUUAAUGGAGACAUUCAAGCGAUCCGUUCCGGCACCGCAGAGAAAGUCGGGAUAUGCCUCUCAAGUGUAUCAUUCUUUAUCACAGCAUACAUCGUUGCCUUCAUCAAGAACCACGAUCUGGCAGCGAUGCUCAUCUCCCUUAUUCCGGCCUACUUUUUGAUGUCAAUUGUGGGAAGUCACUACAUUGAGAAGUAUUCCGCUCUCAUGUCCGACUAUGCAGCCACUGCUGCCUCAAUCGCUUCGGAGGCACUAUCAAACAUUGUGGUCGUCCAGGCUUUUGGUGCAAAUGUUCGGCUCGAGUCCAAAUUUUCAAAGGCACUGCAGUCGAGUGAACACGAGGGUCUGAAGAAGGCCACGGCCGUCGGAGUGCAAUCUGGGCUCUUGUACUUCAUUGCUUACUCCGCAAAUGGUCUAGCAUUUUGGCAAGGGAGCAAACAAAUCGCAGACUCUGUGCGGAAUGAUUCCACUGGAACCACUGUGGGUGCCACGUUCACUGUAAUCUUCAUCCUGAUCGAAGCUACGUUGACUCUGAGUAUGGUGGCCCCAUUUCUACAUUUGUUUGGGGGUGCCGUUGCUUCAUACGAGAAAUUACAAGAGGACCUUUACCGUGAACCGAGCAUCAACGGUACUGGUGACUCGGGAACACGGCUCGACCAAGCUGACGGGGCACUGGAACUUAAAGAAGUUUCCUUUGUGUACCCGUCCAGAGCAGAUGUUACUGUCCUAGAUCGUAUCAACAUCCGAAUUCCGGCGAACAAACACACUGCCAUUGUCGGACAGUCUGGAAGCGGUAAAUCGACUAUAACAGGCCUUUUCAUGAGAUUAUAUGACCCUACGGAGGGCCAAAUUCUUUUUGAUGGUAUAGAUCUUCGUGCUAUCAAUGUUCAUGAUUUGAGAAGUUUUAUUGGCCUUGUACAACAGGAGGCCUCUCUGCUGGACCGAUCGAUACUGGAGAACAUUGCUCAUGGACUGAUCAACACAAGUAACCCCCAGCACUCUCAUCUCAAAUCCACUCUGCUGAGCGAUAGGAUUGGAUCACUAGCAAACCAGUUGCGAGGUGGCGAGGACAUCCUGGCGGCGGCAGGAAAGAUGGGUUCUGAGAUGGUUGAGAUUGUCAAUAUUGUGCAGAAAGCAGCCGUCCUGGCAGAUGCCAAUGACUUCAUUCAGAAGCUUCAGCAUGGUUACGGCACAGUCGUCGGCUCAACUGGACGCCUCGUGAGUGGUGGUCAAAAACAACGCGUUGCACUAGCGAGAGCCUUGGUAAAGGAUCCCAAGGUCCUAAUCUUGGACGAGGCUACGGCCGCAUUGGACUCCAGCAGCGAACGCCGCAUCCAGGAAGCCAUUUCCAAGAUUGCAGUCGACAGGACUGUAGUCACAAUUGCACACCGCCUUGCAACUGUCACCUCAGCGGAUAAUAUCAUCGUAAUGCACAAAGGCCGUGUCAUCGAAGAAGGCGAUCACCCGACUCUGAUGGCAACAUCCGGAGCAUACGCUGAAAUGGUCCGACUCCAAGGCUUGGGGGUCAAGGGAAAAGAGCCAUACUCUGAAGAAAGCGAUAAGCAGAUAUCUUCGACUGUGCUGACCGAACAGAAUUCUGAGAAGAGCAGCUUCUCAAAUGACGAGACUGGAGACCCUGAGAAAUCCGAAUUCCUCACGCAUCAAGUCAUCGUGCCGGCUUUAGCUGAAGAACAAGACGAACCGUUCACUCCCAAGAGGUCUGUUUGGUCUGUCCUAAGAGGAUAUGCACCAGCCCUCAAACCACAUAUUUUGACUAUCACUGCUGCUCUUAUUGGUUCUACCGUUGUAGGAGGCUCAUUUUCGGGAGAAGCUGUGAUAUUUGGAAAUACUGUUGGGAGCCUGAGCCCCUGCAAUUCUGAGGAAAGCAUCAGAUCGAGAGGAAAUUUUUUCGGAUUGAUGUUUUUCGUCCUUGCAAUUAUCGAGUUCUUCGCUAACAUAGUGAGUUGGUCUGGUUUCGGUUGGGUUUCCGAAAAGAUCGUUUACACUGUGCGGGUUCUUUCAUUCCGAUCGCUCUUCGAACAGGACAUCCAUUGGCAUCAAUCCGAGGGACGUACACCAGCUUUGCUCCUAUCUUAUAUCACUAGAGAUGGAAGUGCUUUGAGCGGGUUGAGCGGAUCCGUCAUUGGUACGCUUUUCUCUAUCACUAUCAAUCUGAUCGCGGCGAUUGUCUUAACCCAUAUUGUCGCUUGGAAGAUAGCGUUGGUAUGUUUAUCCCUAGUGCCACUCCUCCUUGGGGCUGGCCUGAUGGAAUUGAGGGUGCUCGGACAAUUUGAGGAGAGGCAUGAGAAUGCGUAUACCAAGUCAGUCGACAUCGGAGUUGAAGCAAUCACAUCCAUCAAAACUGUGGCGUCACUCUCCCUGGAAGAAGAGAUACUUGGAACCUACCGGCGGUCUUUGAAGGGUCCUCGCAAGGAGACAUUCAAGGUCAGCCUUCAAGCAAGUCUGUGGCAGGCAAUGACGUAUCUACUGGGAAAUCUUGUCAAUGCUCUGGCAUAUUGGUGGGGUGCCAGACAGAUUAUUGCAGGGACGUAUACUCAGGUGCAAUUCUUGAUAGUGGUGUUUUCGCUUCUAGUCAGCGCCUUACUUUGGAGUCAAAUGUUUGCCCUCGCACCAGAGCUUUCUAGUGCAAAGGCAGCUAUGGUCAGGAUAUUGAGUUUGAUAGACCUGGGAUCCGAUAAGAUGCAAGGCCGACUGCCUAGAUCUUCCCCUACGCAAACCACCAAAGAAGAAGAUUUGGAGGUCGCAGCCAAGUCAAACGUCUCACGUGAAGGUUCCACUACGGCCUCCAGUGUUCGACUUCAAGACGUCCACUUCGCCUAUCCAGCUCGCCCAGACGUCAAAGUGCUGAACGGAUUGAGCAUUGACAUCAAAUCAGGAACUUUCUGUGCCUUCGUUGGUCCAAGUGGUGCAGGCAAGUCCACAAUUGUUUCUCUUAUCGAACGGUUGUACUCUGCAAGCGCAGGAAACAUUUUGAUCGACGGGUUUGACAUCACUGGAAGUCGAGAUGUCACUUUUCGAGAUACGAUUGCAUUGGUACCACAAGACAGUGUGCUUUUCGAGGGGGAUAUUGCCUUCAAUAUAGGUCUUGGUGCUAAGCCGGGACAAGACGUGUCAUUGGACGAAAUCAAAGAAGCCUGCAAGCUCGCAAACAUCCAUGACACUAUUGAGGAGCUACCAGACGGCUAUGACACACUCUGUGGACCCAAUGGAAAUCAAUUUUCAGGAGGUCAGAAGCAAAGGUUGUCGAUUGCUCGCGCACUUGUCAGAAAGCCAAGGCUCCUCAUACUCGAUGAACCGACUAGUGCUUUGGACGCCGAGUCUGAGAAGCUACUGCAGGCCGGAUUAGACAAGGCUGCAAACGGUAUCACUGUUAUUGCCAUUGCUCAUCGACUUCACACAAUUCGCAGGGCUGAUACCAUCUUCUUGAUUGAAGAAGGGAAGUGUCUGGAUCAAGGUACCCAUGAGGAAUUACUGGAGAGGUCUGAUAGCUAUCGACUAAAUGUCAUGCAUCAGACAUUGGCUGAGUGA